UCCUGCUGUCCACCCUGUUCCCCCUGGGGGAGCUGCGGAGUCUCCGGCUGUGGCACGACAACUCGGGGGACCGGCCGUCCUGGUACGUGAGCCGGGUGCUGGUCCACGACCUGGCGACUGGCCAGAAGUGGUAUUUCCUCUGCAACUCAUGGCUGUCCAUCGAUGUGGGAGACUGUGUCCUGGACAAGGUGUUUCCGGUGGCCACGGAGCAGGACAGGAAGCAGUUCAGCCACCUGUUCUUCCUGAAGACGUCCACAGGCUUCCAGGAAGGCCACCUCUGGUACUCCAUCUUCAGCAGCUCUGCCCGGAGCCGCUUCACGCGGGUGCAGAGGGUGUCCUGCUGCUUCUCCCUGCUUCUCUGCACCAUGCUGACCAGCAUCAUGUUCUGGGGGGUCCCCAAGGACCCGGCUGAGCAGAAGAUGGACUUGGGGGACAUCGAGUUCACGUGGCAGGAAGUGGUGAUCGGGCUGGAGAGCUCCCUGCUCAUGUUCCCCAUCAAUUUCCUGAUCGUCCAGAUCUUCCGCCACGCCCGGCCUCGGGGCGCGAAGGAGCAGGAGGCUGGGACCCCCACCCUAGCCCCGUCACCACAGCCCCUGGACGAUGGCCUUGUGACGCCUGAAGCGGUGACCAAGGACACGCGGCGACUCAUCAGCUGUCUGUGCAGAGCCCUGAAGCUGCCCUCGCCGGCCUCGGGCUGGGACUCUCUGAGCUCGGUGGACAUCAACACACUGCUGGCCUUGGCGGAAGACAUCCUCUGCCCUCAGAACCCAGCCGGGCAGGGACGCCGGGAGGAAGCCAAGGGGAGAGAGGACGCCUUUGCCGUGGCCCCCGGGUCUGCGCCAGUGACAGGUACACACUGGCCACCCCUGUGCCAACGGAAGCAGCUUCCGGGGCCAGGUGGCGACUCGGGGCCGUGUCUGUGGCCUGGUGGGUCGGGCUCCGGCUGAGCCUCCCAGUCUGCACCACGCCACCCGCCGUCCCAUGAUGCCACGCUGCACACGAGCUACUCUAGACUCCGCUUUCCCCUUUCUCUGCCUCAGCCUUUACUCCCCUGGGGCGUGGGCCUCUGUCAGUGCCUUCUGUCCCCGUGCCUCUCCUCACACUCACCUGCAC